AUUCAGAACCCUAGUGUUCUAGUUCUGGGGAACACUUCAAGGUUCUAAGCCUACAACAUAAGCUUUCACUUUCAGAGAGACUCCAAGCAGAACUCCUACCCCCUGCUGUAGCCUUCACUAUUUGAGAUACCGACAAAUAGCCUGCACCUUUUGUUCGAAGUAGGCGUGGCAGAUCAUAAAAGACCAAAAAUUUGCUCAGGUACUGUGGUGCGAGACAAUUCAGUGCUUUAGAGUUUAGAUGGGAACAUCUAAACAACUCAGCCAAGACCUCAAAAAAAUUGUGGACCUCUACAAGUCCGGUUCCUCCUUAGGAGCAAUUUCCACACAACUGAAGGUACCACAAGCAACUAUACAAACAAUUGUAUGCAAAUAUAAAAAUCUUGGGACCAAACAGACAGGGCAUUGUUCAGGAAAUAUACAAAAACUAUUUCCCAGGGAUGAACGAACUUUGGUACCUGAUGCCUCCAACUUCUUCAACAUUUCCUUUGUUGUCCUGGGGUUCUGUUGAACCUUUCGGAACCAAAGUAUGUACAUCCACCGAGAGUCCUAUUGUGCCAAACAGAUACCAAAUUGGUGACAUGCAAGGCCAAAUCCCCAUUUGAGUGGGAAGUUAUAAAUAUUACAGAGCAGAGAAUCCUAAUCCUGAAGGCACACAUAAGCCCUAUAUAUUCUUUUUUCAAAUGUUAUUAUGUAUAUGACUAAAUUCCCUAAAUGGUUUAACUAGCUUCUUUGAAUGAACUAAUGAGCCAAACCAGGUGCGCUAUUUAAAGAUAACGCUAAAUUUUGCCUUACUUAUUGAACUGGUUUAAUAUUAUAUUUAAAUCCUUAUUAAGUACAUAUUAAGUAUAUAUUAAUAUAUAUUAAGUAUUAUCCUAUUCUAAUAUCCCAUUUCAUAAUUCCGCUUGAAAUUAAAUGUUCAUAUUGCACAAUUCAUCAUCACAUUCCACAUUACAGUUAUAAAAGCUUCCAAGACACUGAUCUGCCAAAGUCUGGUAAAACUGAGUUUAUGUCCUAUUUGUUUUCUCUCACAGGUAGCACUUAUGGAAUGCAAGCAAUGUGGACUGGACAGAAAGUUUACCAACUUGCACAACAAAAAGUUGGUGAGAGAAUUGGCUAACAAGAACAAUUUCGGUCUUUAUUAAAAACAUACCUCCUGCUAUCAGAGGACACUACACUGAUACAUAUCAAUAUGUGAAAAUUAUUCAUGCGUGAUACUAGGCUUGUAAAAUGAAUUGCAGGCUUAUUGAUAUUUUAUGCAUAUUUAUGAUAACAUUUACAAAUAUUUUUUCUACAGAUAUAAUUUGUCUAAUUUUGUCAUCCUCUCUGACCAUAGCCUAGGUAUUUCUGGUAGUUUGCACUUGUGAAAUGUGUUAAAACUAGGCUGGGAGUAUAUGCAGAAGUGUAAAUGAUGUUGUGUUGAUAGUGUUGAUGCUUUUAUUUCUGUACGAUGUUGUUCCUGUUUUGUUAAUUUUUUUUUUAUUCAUAAUCUAAACAUAUCUUUGAAAGUCAAAUUCCUUGGUGUAAUGCAUGUGCUAAACAACUCUGCUUUCAUAGUUUUUAAGGGGGAGGAGUUUGCUGUAGAAGGCAGAACAGAGCAGGCACUCAGUAGCACACUGAGGCCUUUAGGGUACCUCACAGCAAAUUAGGGCUCACAUACAGACUUGCAGAUACAUAGUCAUUUCAGGUUGCUUUAAUAUCAACACUAAGUCAGUCAAGUUCAUAGAAGUUUAUAUGGAUUAAGUGCUGACUUGCAGUGCAGAUUAUGCUAGUCAAAAGUGCAGCGAAAGGUACAGCACAGCAAGAGAUAUAGAUGGAUUUGGAUGUUAUGGAUGGAUGCGCUUGGUGAUGUGGAAAGACUAAAUCAACUUGAAGAAACAUGGAAACUUGAAGAUGCUUAAAGACAUAUGUUUGACAAUAGAAAUUCAUUUUUAGAAAUAUGUUAAAUGAGAAAUAAAUAAAUAUGAGCCACUACGCAAACCUGGCAUCGAACAAUUUCACUCAUAUGAGUAAAAGUAAACAUUUGAGCUACUCCAGGACAUAUUAAAAAUAUAUCCUAAAAUAGCCUGGUAAAAAAAAGUGCAGCAAUGCUGAAGAGAUGGUUUGUGGGCAUGAUGGCCCGUACAAGACUUCUGCUUAUGGUCGCAUUUUGCUUUACACUAUUCCUGUAUAACCCAGACUGCAGAACUCAAAAACCAAGAAAUCAAAACCAACAAAUUUUGCUCAAAGAGACCAUGGAUGAUAUGAAAUAUCAAGCUUUGCUGCAAGAACAUGAGGAACAAUAUCAUCACUAUACUGCAAGCCUAAGAAAGCAGAUCUUCCAUUUGAAAUAUGCUAUCAGAGAGAAAAGACAUCUCCAGAAGUCUGUGCAACAGGCUGCUAUAAUGCACCCAAUGGAGCUGGAGGAAACACACAAGAGUAACUCAGAACUUGAGGUGUUCCUUCACGAGCAACUGCAUCGUAUGAAAAGUCAUGUAGGCGUGAAUAUACCAAAUGAGUAUGCUGUGUUGCCAUUGGAGACCUUUACACUUCACAGUGUCUAUCAGCUUGAUACCGGGUUCACAAAGCAUCCUGUGCAAAAAACUCUUCGACGGGAUAUGGCUGGGGCAUUAGAAGCAGCUCUGCAUAUCCUUAAUGGUCCUAAAGAUAAGGAUGACCCUCGGUAUCGUAAGAUAUACUCACCACGUGAUUUCUUUGAGGGAAUUUUUCAUUCUGAAAGAGAUAAAGGAUCUCUGUAUGAUCUCACAUUCAAAGACAAUACUUCUCUGGACUUCAGGAGGCUGGAGCUCUUUCGGCCAUUUGCACCUCUGCAAAAUAUGAAGGAAGAAGCAAUUGACACAUCCAGAAUGCUAAUAAAUAUAAUUGUGCCAUUGGCCACGAGGGUGGACACAUUUCAACAAUUCAUGAACAAUUUUAGGGAAAUUUGUGUUGAGGAUGAAAGGAUCCAUCUUACUGUAGUGAAUUUUGGAACAGAGAAGAUAAAUGAAGUAAGAAGAAUUAUAGACACUGCUGCAAGGAGAAUGAGAUCAAGGAACUUCACUCUAAUCCACCUAAAUGAGAAGUUUUCCAGAGGACGAGCUUUGAACAUAGGAGCUCGUGCCUGGAAGAAGAGCAAUGUCCUCCUAUUUUUCUGUGAUAUCGACAUCCACUUUACUGUUGAUUUCCUAAACUCCUGCCGCAUUAACUCCCAACCUGGUAAAAGAGUCUUCUACCCCAUACCUUUUAGCCAGUACAAUCCAGAUGUAAUUUAUGGUGACCAUAUACCUACUCUUGAAAAACAGCAGGUAAUCAGUAAAAACACUGGAUUCUGGAGAGAUUUUGGCUUUGGAAUAACAUGCCAGUAUUUGUCAGAUUUCAUCAACAUAGGAGGUUUUGAAGUAACUAUCAAAUCUUGGGGAAAAGAAGAUUUGCACCUGUACAGAAAAUACCUGCACAGCAAUCUUAUGGUAGUACGUGCACCUUCACGAGAACUCUUCCAUAUGUGGCAUGAGACACCUUGUGCAGAAGACCUACCAACAGAAUUUUUUAAUGAGUGCAUAAAGACCAGAGCCAUGAAUGAGGCCUCUCACAGUCAGAUGGGAAAACUGUUCUUUCACCAGCAAAUAGACAAUCAUCUACAUAAAUACAAUCAAACAGAAACCCAAUGAUAGUGGGGAAGACACUACACAUACAUGAGCAAAAUAUUUUAUGCCAUGAACAGUUUAAUAAGUAAUGCUUAAUAAGUCUGUGUAUAUAACAAGAAGACUUAUUAUAAAAUCCACAUCUUGCCAUUGUUUUCUUGGGUUUUGUUAGAAUAUCGUAUUUUCCAAGCUGGAACUCAGGCCACUUCUGAUGAUGCCUUCCAAGAAGCCUGUACCAUGCAAUCAAGAACACUGAAUAUCUGCUUCAGGCGUGCAUGUCUGUGUGUGUAUGUCACGAAUUUCCCCUUCUCCACGUGUGGUACCUGUCCCAACAUAGUUUUGUUUAUGUAGUCAUGCACUUUUAUUUUGACAUGACUUUGAACUUCCUGGUCCUGUCCCCACAUCCUGUACUUGUGGGAACCUGUUUCUUGUUCAAGCUGUCAUUACUCAGUGUAUUAAACAGUCUCACUUUCCGUGUUCCAGUGUUAAACUAUAGGACACCACACUGUGUUGGACUCAUGCCGAUGGUCCUGUUCUGCCACCAGUUUUUGCCUUACCUAGUCUUUUGUCUAUAUCUACCCUUUUUUAUUUUUGAGUUUGUUGUUAUUGUUUACUUUUAAUAAAGUUCCUCUACACAUGUCCUUUUUCCACUGAGUCCAGAAGUCUGACUACCAAGAAUUGUUUAUACUGAAUUAUUUUUCUUUUCUUUUUUCUAUAUUUCUUUUUUUUAAAAAAAUAUAAACUAAGACUAUAUACAACAGAGAUAAUAUUUAGC